AUGGUCUGGUCUGUGGACACUUUAUUCUUUGGGAUCAAGAAGCAUCGUGGCUAUGUGUACCUCUUAUUUUUCCUCCUAUGGUAUGUUUUCUUUCCUCAAUGGUACGGACUCCUGCUAACCAACAGCAUCUAUUCACGUUUCCACUGGGUAUGGGUAUACUCGUACUUAACCGUGUUUCUUGUUGAAGCAUUUUCGCUCGUCAACUAUGCGUUUCGAACUCCAGUGAGCUGGAACCUGCUUUCGGAAUCAGACGUUGCCGUUGUGACAGGAGGUUCUAACGGCUUGGGGUUGGCUCUUGUGAAAAGUCUACUUUUCGAUUACAAAGUUGCCAGGAUUUACAUCAUAGACAUAAAGCCGCCUGAUUUUCUGUUCGAUAAGCGCGUGGAGUUCUGUCAUUGCGAUAUAGCAGAUAUUGGCAAAUUGAAUCUUGUACUCUCCACCAUUCAGAAAGAACUUGCCAAAGAGAGCAGGCACAUUUCUAUUCUCGUUAAUAACGCUGGGGUCCGUGCUAGUGGCCUGCUUCUUGCAAUGGACAGUACACAGAUUUCUCGAGUAUUCGACGUGAACACUUUUUCACCCAUUGCAGUGCUCAGGACUGUGCUUUCACAUCAUUUGAAUCAUUUUCCACAUCGUACUCUUUCCGUCGUCAAUGUGUCAUCAAUACUUGGGGUGUUUGGUCCAAAGAACCUUCUGAUUUAUUCCGCUUCUAAGGCGGCCAUGAUCCAGAUCCACGAAUGCCUUCGGGAGGAAAUCCGCCCCCAUAAGAAUAUCCGAAUGUUAUUGGUCAUGCCCGGCCAGCUAACCACAGAUAUGUUCAAAGAUAUUUCUCCAAGCAGGCUAUUCUUGGCUCCUCUAAUCAACCACACAUGGCUUGCGGCUAAAAUAACAGCUCGUGUAAACCGGGGCGAGGAGGGUGUUUUAUGUGAGCCAUUGUAUGCUAAUUUUUUGCCUAUGGCGAAAUCAUUGCCCUUGUUACUUCAAUAUUGGUGCCGAAAAUUCUCUCAAAUGGACGACAAAGUGCCAGAUACAUAA